AUGGAUACUCGCGUCUUGCCUUGGGUAAAAUAUGAUAUUUGUCGAGUUUCAAUGGUAGCUGAUGAUCGUCCGCGAAAUUUACAAAAUAUUUUUUAUGAUACGCAAUGGGCAUCUUUGGCAAAAUUUAAAUUAAAUAUUGGGCUAGAUGGCAAUCGUGGUGGAAAAGAAUCAGCUAUGGUUCAACGAGCAAGCAGUCGACAGAUGAACGAUAACAAUGCUGAAGAAUUGCCACCAAUUCAACGGCAGCGACCAAGAAUUGCAUUCGACGAUGAUGAAGGUGAUCAUAUUUUCUCGUUCUACACAUCUUCGCAUAACUCAACGUCAUCAUCAUCAACAGAACAAAAGGGAACACCUCACGAACUGGCCGACGUUGAUCGCCAUCGGCGACCUUCCGAGGCUAUAAAUCAACACAGUAUACAUCCAAAUGUUCGCAACAGAACAGAGUCAAGCAGUGUAGAGCCUCAUAUGGGGAGUUCAACCUUCAUACAAGCAUUCGAUAUGAUGCAAGAGAAUUUGCUUCGGUUUGUAUUUCACCCUAUUCCAAAAGAUAGUACCGGCUUCAUUCAAUGUCGACUUACACGUGAUAAACAUGAUGGUGGCAUCGGAAAAAGACUAUUCCCAACAUAUUCUUUACAAGCAGAAAGAGAAGGCGGCAAAAAGGUUCAUCUAUUAGCCGCUAGAAAACGUGGCACAGGUCC